CUCCUCCCCGCGCGUAAAUUUGAAAACGACUUUGUGAAGAAGGGAGAGACGAGGAUCCGAGGGGAAAAAAAAAAAAACAUAAUCAGACAUGGCUCCCAGGAAAAGGACCACCAAACAACGGAAAAACAACCCUAAGUCGGCCAAGCUAGAAGCUUUCCUGGAGGAUUUCGACAGCGAAGUGAAAACCAGGGUUGGGCAACUGAAAGAGAAGAUCAAUCAGCUGCUGAAAGAUGUUGACAACAGCUACAACAUGGCACUAAUUAAGCUUCCCAAGGCUGUCAGGCUGAUGCCCUGGUUGGAGCAUUGCAAGUCUGAGAAACCAAAGUCACCAGCAGUGGAUGAUGCAAAGAGAGAAGAGGAAGCUGCUAUUGUUGAGAGCGUUGUGGCUGAGGAUCACACUGUCCUUCUAAAAUCAGUCAAGAAAACGUCAAAGAAAAAGGGUGGACCCAAAUCCAGUUCAGACGAUGAAAACACCCCAAGCACAACAAGAAAGGGGAAAACUACAAGAAAGCCCCCAACUACAUCUAAAAGGGCAAAGGCGCUGUCAGUCAGUAAGCAGAGCACCUCCAUCAGACGAUCGUCCAGGAAGCCUUUGGUGACGCCUGCCAGGAGCAUGCUGGAUUCUUCUUUGAUGAUGGGACCCACUCCCCUCAUCACCCCACGCUUUGACCCCAGGCUUCCAAAGACCCCUGCUGUGAGAGUUCCCCGCCACAAAGAGAGGGUCUAUAGCAUUUCAGUCAACGGGUCUCCCAUUGCAGCAGGAAAUGAGGACAUCGUCAUCAACGUCCCCAUCGGCAACGGGGAGAGCAUUCAGCUGUUGGCCAGUCAGAUGGACUCCGUGGACCUGUCACUACUGGAUGACACUGCCCUGAAGAGCAUUCGGUUGCUGAAGAAUCGCCUAACAACACUGUGUGGAAAAUCAGAGUGACCUAACCGUCUACUGCUCUGAGAAGAAAGGACAUCGUGUUUACCAAAUUAUAAGACUUUUUUUUUUUUUUUUCUAGAAAUUAGUUUAGGAAAAGUGGGGUUCAUCUUAUAUACUUAUAUUUAACAUCAGAUAUCCUUUUUGAAUGGAGAGAGUACAAGUGUAACUACUGGCUUUUACAGAAUGUCACAGGAUGGGUUGUCUGUAGACUUAAUGUUGCUUUUUUUCUGUUUUUAUAGUGUCCUUCAGAGUUGAUCAGCAUUUUGUUGGCCCAGUUUAACCUGCAGGAAUUUCUGAAAUCUGGUGCAACUUCUGGUGCUUUUCUGUCGCUCCCCCCGCACCCCCUUCACAAUAGCACCUGUAACCCCUCCUGAAAACAAGGGAAAAACCUUGUUAGGAAAAAUCCCUGAGGAAUUCUGCCUGUCUCAUUUUAGUACUGUUAAAGUCUUUUGUCCCUAUCGGCCAGUCAGACUUGUAACGUCAAGAUUUUAGUUGCUCUACCUUUGCAAGUCUUGUAAGGUUUUUUCAAACUGAAACAUUUCUUCUUCUACCAUGCAAAUACGAUUUACUGUACAUUCUUUGGUUCUUUUGUAAAUACACUCUAAUCAUACUUUUUUUAAAUGUUGCAUUUUGUUACCGUUGAACUCUGGUCCUCCAUGUUUCUAUAAAUCUGCUUGCAUUUGCAUUAUUAGUGCAAAUGCAUGCUUCUUGUACAUACUUGUAUCUUUAUGUCUGCAAAACUGAUAAAGGAUUUUGACUGCA